AUGUCAAAUAAAGCAGAAGAUUCAGGUUCAAACUCACCAGCUCCUCAGAGUAACAAGAGAAAAGAAGAUAAAGAAAAAGAUAAGUAUUCCAAAAGACAAAAAAUUACACUGUCAUGUACAGAAUGUAGAAGACGUAAAAUUAAAUGUGAUCAUAAAAAACCAAUUUGUGAAAAUUGUAUUAAAAAAAAUUUACAAGAUCAAUGUACAUAUUCAACAUCACCAUGGAUUCAAAUUAUUUCAAGUGAAAAUCAAAUUUAUGAAGAAAUUAAAUCAUUAAAGAAAGAAAAUGAUUUAUUAAUUAAAAAUAUUACAUUAUUAAAAGAACAAUAUGGAAAAUUUAAUGGUGAAGGUAAUAAUAAUAAUAAUAGUGGUUCAAGUACAAAUAAUGGUCAUAAUUCAACACAUGAUGACCUAAGUGGUGGAAGUACUGCAUCACCAAGUUCAAAUAAUCCAUUAACUCCAUCAUCAACAACUUCAAUUCAAGCAAAUUCACAAGGUAAUAAAGAAGAUACUAUUGCUAAACAAUUAUCAAAUUUAUUAUUAAAAUCUAUUGUUUCUAGAAUCCGUUCAUUAGAUGAUUCUAUAAUUACAAUUCCACCAAAAUUUAAUUCACCAUUAACACCAAUGUUAACAUUAAAAAUUAAUAAUGAUAAAAAAUAUAAAGAAAUUUUCUUAGAUCAAUUAUUAAUUAAUUAUUUACCAUCAUUUGAAAUUAUUGAAUAUCAUAUAAAUUAUUUUUUCAAUUCAAAUUUUUUUAAAAAUUUACAAAUUAUAUCACAAUCACAAAUUUUAAAUUCAUUUAACAAGAUGUUUAAUAAAAUUGAUAAAAAAAUUCAAAUUGACCCUAAGCGUGAAAUUCAAGAUUUUUUACAAUUAGCUAUAAUUUUAACAAUUUUAAAAAUUACAUCAGUUUAUAAAGAUACACCAUUUACAGAUCCAGAAAAUAAAUUAAUAUUAUAUAUUGAUGCAUCAUUAGGAUUUGGUGAACUGAUUACAAGAUCUUCCAUCCCGGCAUUACAAGCUGUUAUUUUGGUUAAUUCAUAUAGAUUAUUUGUUCAAGAUAUGAAUGAAAUUGAUCUUUAUUUCUUGAUUCAAUUAUGUCAAGAUUUUGCAAUUGCAAUUGGAUUACAUAAAAAUAUUGAUGUAUUAUAUGAAGAUAAAACUUUAGAAGAACGAGAAAUGUUGAAAACAAUCUGGAAUUGUUUGAAUGAUACAAGAUAA